GUAUUAGCAUAUCGAUCAAGAUGGCGACGGCGUCAGAAAAUGAUUGCCUGAAUGACCCUAACUUUGCAGUUAUUUGUAACUUUUUGGACCGGUAUGGUGAAUUGAUGGGUCUCAAUGAUAUAUCUUAUACAGAUCUACAAACCUGGCUGGAAGACACAAAGCAUGUACCUUCCUUUCUGGUUGAUUUGCAUGUGAAACUUCUGAGACGAAUGGGGAAAAGUUCAGUGGCCACUGAUAAAUGGGAACGCUAUGUCAUCAAGUUCAUACACACUUACUCCAAUGUUGAUGCAUGGGAAGUGGAACGGUUUGGAUACAAGCAUUGCAAAACUGCAACAAAACUUACGAUCUUAAAGAAUCUCCUUGAAAAACAGUUUGACUUUAACUCUAAAUUCAAAGAACAGAUUAAUGCAAAACCUGCUGAUGAUAUGAGGUUUGAGCCUCUUGGUCGAGAUAAGAAUGGAUUAGCGUACUGGUAUCUCAUUGAUAAAGACUUCAACGUUCGUGUGUACAGGGAGGAUCAGGAUGACGUAGAUGCGGAAACGUGGGAAGUUGUUUGCAAGAACAGGAGUGAACUGGCUAAGCUGAUUGGCACCCUGGAGGGACAGAUAAUGGGUAAUGAUGACAAGGAGGAAAGUGAGUCCAAUACUGAAGACACAGAUGAGGAAAACAAAAAAGAGGAAUGUGAUGAUGACGUGACAGAUUCCUCCACCGUGAAGAAAGAGCCAGACAAAACAGACGAGGUGGAUGGCACUGCGGAAGAAAAAGAAGAUAAACACAAAGAUGAUAGAAACACUGACAUUGUCAAAUGUGAGAGCAAGGACCAAAAUCUGGAGGUGAAACCAGGGGUCAUUGGGGAAGAUUCCAUAGAAAUGGAAGGUGAUGGCAAAGUCAAAGGUGAAGUUCCACAGGAAGUAAAGGUGGAAGAUAGUGUCAAGGUCAAAGGAGAGAGUCAACAAGAAGUAAAAGUGGAAGAUAGUGUCAAGGUCAAAGGAGAAGUUCCUCAAGAAGUAAAGGUGGAAGAUAGUGUCAAUGUUAAAGGAGAAGUUCAACAAGAAAAAAAGGUGGAAGAUAGUGUCGAUGUCAAAGGAGAAGUUCAACAAGAAAAAAAGGUGGAAGAUAGUGUCAAGGUCAAAGAAGUUCCUCAAGUAGUAAAGGUGGAAGACAAUGUCAAGGUCAAAGAAGAAAAAUUGGUUGAUUCAUUAAAGGUGGAAGAAUCUUGUGUAGAUGAAAAUUCAAUAAAAGUGGGAAAAAAUACUGAUAAAACAGAGGAUUCCAUGAAAGAGAAAAUUAAGGAGGAAAAAGAAGAGACUGUAAAAUUUGUUAAAAAUGAGGAGGAAGUUAGAAAGGAGAAAGCCUUGGAAGCUGAUACAUCAGGAAGUGAUGAGAAAUAUGAGAGCCCUGUCAAUGAACAGAAAAAUGAGAGCCCUGUGAAUGAACAGAAAAAAACGGAUGAGGCAGUUGGCAAUAGUGAACAGGGUUCUGUAAAAGAGGUCGGUGUUUCUAAAGGAAAGUCUGAAAAUAUAUUACAAACACAAGCAAAUGAUAUCAUUGAAAGUAGUAUGGUCUGUGAAAGUAAUUCAAAACCUGACAGUGAGGAAAAAGACAAACCAAGUACAGACAGAUAUGAAGAAAACAAAGUGGUGGAAAAGAAUGAAAAUGAUAACCUUGAUAAAAACCAAGAGGUGGUGGAAGAGGGACAUGAAAACAUAAAGAAUAAAAGUGACACCUCAGAUAAAAACCAAGAAGUGGAAGAGGGACAUCAAGACAUAAAAAAGAAUGAAAGUAAUACGCCAGAUAAAAACCCAGAAGUGGUGGAAGAUGGACGUGAAAAUGUGGAUAAGGAAAUCAAUUCUAAGCCCAUUAAGAAUUCUAAAGAUUCAGAGGAAAAUGAUAUUGACAAUAAUCCUGAAAAUUUGGAGAAAAGUCCCAAAACAUCAUCUGAAAAUGGGAAGGUUGAAUCUUCAAAGCUGGGUAAUAAAGAGUUGAACUGUUCAGAGAGUAAAGGGGCUGAAGAGAGUGACCUGACUGAUAUCUCUCUUAAAGGUCCAGUUAAUGAAACAAAUACAGGUAGUGCUGAUAAAAGAACAGCAGACUCAGAUAAAGAAAACAACACCACUGAUAAGUCGGACAAUAGUGACAAAGACCAGCUGAAAAUCGUUGCCGAGGAAAGUGCCGAAAAAAGUGACAAUGAGGACAAGGAGCCCGACGACAAAUCUAAGGAGCCCACAAAGGAUUUGCAGAAAAAUGAAGCUGAGUCUGAGAAUGAUUCAGAUACCACGAAAAAGAAGAAACCAAAGAAAGCCAAUCUUAAAGGUGGUCGUAAGAGAGGGAUCGAAUACGAUGAGUCGGCAGAGGAGUCCCCAGUAGAGCCCAACUCCAAGAAAGCCAAAGAUGCCAAGAAGAUCAUUCCACGCGGAAAGCGAAGGACGCCAAAGAAAGUGGAUUCCUCGUCUGACAGUGAUGACAUUCCCCUGAGUAAGAUCGGAAACAAGUCUGCAGACUCUGCCAGGAAGAGGCCAGAAACAGCUGCUCCAUCCAGGAAAAGUACUAGGCCUGUCAAGAAGAAGAAAAUUUCAAGUGAUGAAGAUGAAGAAAGCCCAAAGAAAACAAAGUCAAAACGACGAAACAUUUUAGAAAGAGCAAGUGACAGUGAAGAUGAUGGCAGCCCAGCACCAACGAAAACUUCCAAGAAAUCAAAACCACCCCCGAAGAAAACAAGGAAGGAGGAAUCAGACUCAAGUGAUGAUGAUGUACCACUGAAAACUUCAAAGAAAUCGAAAAGUAAACAGAAGGAGAAAUCCGAGGAGCCUCUUCCCAGUGACGAGGAUGACCAGGGCAGGAGGAGGAGUGCCAGGGUGAAGAACAUGAAGAUGAGGAAGGAGCCUACACCAGAACCUUCCAGCUUCGAGGAAGAUGCUGUGGGAAGCGAGUUUGAAGUGGGCUCAGAGGAGGAAACUUCUGACGAAGAUUUCACCCCCACCAAAGGUCGCAAUGCGCAGAGACAGGAAGCUCGCAAACGUCAGUUGGAGGAGGAUGUGGCAGAGGAAGAGAUACCAAAUGAUACACCAUGCUGCAAAUGUCAGAAAACCCACCAACCAGAAUGGUUGCUUCUGUGUGACAAGUGUGAUGCUGCCUUCCACACGGCCUGUCUCAGACCUCCGCUGAUGAUCAUCCCUGACGGCGACUGGUACUGUCCCCCCUGUGAACAUGUCGCAAGUCGAGGCAAAGACAUGGCCAAUAUUUACGAAGCAGAGGGCAGAGAGUACAUACCAUCUGAUGAAGAAAAACUGGACAAACCGCCACCAGUGGUCAGCAGGAAAAAGCGAACCCGACGACUGACGACACUAGACAGUGAUGAUGAUGACGAUGAUCAGGGAGAGGAGAGUGAUGAAUUCCAUUUGUCAGAUGAGACGGUGUCGGAAGUACCAGAGGAAGAGCAGGAGGAUUCUGAGGAUGAGGAAGUAUCAGAUUACAGUGAGGAUGGCGAGGAAUGGAGGACGUGUCGAAGGUCAUCCAGGUACGGAAAACCUACCAGGAGAAGUUCACGGAAAAGGGGGCGUCACUCCAUCUUCAAAGACUUUGUUGUCGAUGAAGAUGAGGACAGUGAGGACAAUCGACGUUCAGCGAGGCGGUCAGUCCGGAAGAGGGUGACAUACCGGGAUCUGUCCAGUGAGGAGGAGGAGGAGACGGAAGAAGAAACAGAAGAGAGCCUCGACAGUGCAGAGCUGUGCUCCGAGGAUAGUGACACAAAAAACAAGAAGGACAAACGCAAAUUUGAAAUCGCUAAAAAGAAAAAGAAAGUGGAAAGCAAUUCCGAGACAGAAAACACUGAUGACUCAAGUAAGGAAAAGAAAUCCAAGCCCUCAAAGAAAUUGAAAAAGAAAGUAGAAGAAAGUGAAAGUGAUUCUGAUGAUAGUAGGAGAAGGUCGCAUAGAAAUGUGAAGAAAAUUGACUUCAAAUCAUUAAUGAUGUCAGACACUGAGAGUGAAGGUGAGGGUAAGAGCAGUAAGAAGAAGAAGAAGAUUUCCAGCAGUGAAAGUGAAACUAGUGAUGAGACUGGGACUGAAAGUGAGGAGGAGGAGGUUGUGAAGAAAAAGAAGAAUGUCAUCAGGGAUGAGUCGUCAGGGACAGAUGAAAAAGAACCUGAAGAAAAGCAGAGCAAAGUGGAUAAGGAUGAAGAUGCAAGUGUUACAGACAAUAAACCAGAGGAUUCAAAAUCAGAAAACAAGAUUGAUGAUUCUUCUGCUGAUAGCACUUUUGUAAAUAAGGGUGAAAAAACUGAUACUGACACUGAGGUGAAAACCCAAGAAAUGAUUGUUGUUCCUCCAAAUGUUCCAACUACAGUUAGUAGUGAGCAUUCUGAUGUUCCUGUAAAUAGAGGAUUUGAGGAUCAUGGCAUAAGCCAAAUUAUGCCCAAUCAGCAGCAAAUCAUGUUUCCAAACUUUCCUAACAUACCUCAAAGUCCUCAGAAUGUUGGAUUCCAUCCUCCUGGUCAGCAGUUUCCAAACCAAAGACCACCUUAUCCAGGAACAGAAAGACCCAUUUUUCAUCCCCAGCCUGGUCCAAUGAAAAGUCUUCCUCAUGUACCAAAAAACCUUCCCAGUCAUCCACAUAUCCACUCUCAAAGGCACAUAUCAAGUCCACCCCAUGGGAUGUCUAGUCCCCCUCCAUUCUCUGGUCAGAAUAGAAUGACCAGCCCUCCCCAUCAGAUGACAAGCCCACCACACAAUCAGACACCACCCCACAGUCAGAUGAAUCCACAUAUGCCCUACCCCUCCAGUCAGAUGGGACCUCGUCUUGCUGAUCCCCAACACUUCCCUAAUAGCCCUCCUCCUGUUCCAUCUUCUCAGGCUGCUCAAAUACCAUAUGAUCCAAGAAUGAAUCAAAACAGAAUGCCUAUGGAUUACAGAGGACCACCUCCAAGGAUGCUGAACAGCUCAAACCCAUAUCAGCAGUAUGGAUCCAGUGUUGGAAAUGUUCCUCAAACAUCCCAGGCUAUGAAUUUUCAGAAUCAGAUGAGAAUGCAUGCUCCAAUGCAGUCUAAAAUAGAGGGCCCAGGGCUUAUGGAGCCUGUAAUUUCUUCACCCGGUGGACCUUUGACAUCGCUUGGACAAAUGGUUGCACCAGGUUAUCAGGUUCAGUCACAGCAAAUGUCAAGACCAGGUAUUCCUCCAAAUUCCAUGAAUAUGGGAAUGCCAAGGCAUAGCAUGCCUCCUAACCAACAACAACCUCAUCGCAUGCCACAAACUUCAACCAGUAAAAAUACUGGUAUGUUACCAAAUACUCAAGGACAACAUAUGCCUCCAAAUAUGCCCAUGCAAAACAUGCCUCCUUCAUCUGGUCCCCAAGGCAUGGGAUUCAACAUUGCAAGUCAGGGAAUGCCACCAGCCUACCCAGGACAGACUCCACCUUACAGUAGUCCUAGUCAAGGCAAAACUCCACAAAAGUCUGAAACUCCAAAAACUGGAUCAAAGAGAGGCAGACCAAAAGGCAGCAAAACCAAAAAGAAAAAAGGAUCACCAACUGAACAUGAUGAAUCUUCAAAAUCUCCAGGAUCUUCUCCUCAAGUAGAUCCCCCAAAACUCCCUUUUCCAGUACCACCUACUGGAGAAAUAGAUCACAGACAAAUGCAUCCUGCUGGUAUUCCUGAAGGCAUGCAGAGACCCAUGAUGCCAGGAAAUGAAAACAGACCAAGACCUCCACCAUAUGUUCAGAGGAGUGAAGCAAAUCAUGGUCCUCUGAUUGGUCAGAUACCUUCAAAUGACUUGAGCAAAAGGCCACCAGAUUCUAAGAUACUAGCAAACGAAACAAGUCAGAAACUACCAGACAGUGAUAAAAAUAAAAAUUCAAGAGAGAGCGGUGUAGAAAAGGGGCCAGGAGUCGAAAAUAACACAAAGUCAGGAGUUACUGAUGUAGCGCAGAAACUUCCAGUUGGUGAAGGCAGCAAUAGACAGUCAGGAGAGAGUGAGGCAAGCAAAAGGCAGUCAGGAAAAGAUGUGAUGCACAGGCCAGCCAUGAGUGUCGCAAGUCAAAGACCACCAGGGCUAGACAUGGGUCAAAGGCCUCCAGGACCAGACAUGGGUCAAAGACCACCAGGGCUAGAUAUGGGUCAAAGACCUCCAGUACCAGACAUGGGUCAAAGACCUCCAGUACCAGACAUGAGUGGUCAAAGACCUCCAGUACCAGACAUGGGUCAAAGACCUCCAGUACCAGACAUGGGUCAAAGACCUCCAGUACCAGACAUGGGUGGUCAAAGACCUCCAGUACCAGACAUGGGUCAAAGACCCACAAGACCAGACAUUGGUCAAAGACCUCCAGUACCGGAUAUGGGUCAAAGACCUCCAAGGCCAGAUAUGGGUCAAAGACCCACAAGACCAGACAUUGGUCAAAGACCUCCAGUACCAGAUAUGGGUUCAAGACCUAUGGGUCCUUCAUCAAGCCAGAUAGGUCAGCAUCCAAUGCCACCUCAAUAUAGUGACAUGGGUCAGCGACCUAUGCAUCCAGGCAUGAUGCCACCCAGAAUGAUGGAAUAUAGAGGCAUGCCAAUGAUGCCACAGGGGCACCCGAUGAGAGCACCCAUGCCCUACCCAGGUUUUCCAUACAACAGAGAGCAUUAUGGAAUAAAUGGAAACCCAGCUUCUAUCCACUCUUCUAUGCAGGAUAUGAAUUUUUCCAAUAUGAAUCCAGCUAUGAUGAGUUCACCCCAUCAAACUCCAAUGAUGCAUCCUAGUCAGGUAUCUCAACCUAUGGGAGGUGGAAGGGGAUUCAUGAUAGACAAUCUUCUGGAGAAAAAUCAGAAGUCUGUGAUUCCUUCAUACACUGAAAACAUGGAGGAGGGUACUUCUGGGGAAAACAAGAGUGAUUCUUCACAAAUGGAGCAAGAGUAUGGGUCUGGUUACCAAGGCGACCAGGAGGAGGAGGGAGUGUCCGAUAUUGCCGAUAUAGUUAAGUGUUUUAAGGCAUAGAAAGGUGAUUUGUUGUUGGGUUACGUAAACCAGAAUUUUUGUCCGUCUUCCUUGAUGCGUUGCAGAUUCCGUGAUAAGAGUGUAGGAGAUGCUAUACCCAAUAGAAGAUAUUCUACAAAGUACUUUAUAUUCAUGUGGAACCACUGCACUGAAGAUCCGGAAGGUUGUAAAGAAUAAGGAAGAACCUUGCAUGUAUUUGUUACAUCGAUGGAAUCCAUUUUCUCCAUGUUCAUGAUGAUUGGGAAAUACUGAAUAGUUCUGCUUUUUUUUUUCUUCAAAUACAAUGUACUGCUUUUAACUGGAUGCAAUUACCACAUUCAAUGUUCAUCAUCCUCUUUCAAAUUUUUAUCAAGUGGGGUUGUGAGAGUUUUUAUCUCCAGUGAUUUUUGUGUUUAAGAGUUUGGAUUUUGCGAUUGCAUCCACUAUAUUUAUAUAUGAUUCAGAAUGUUGAUUAUGUCAAGCAAAAUUUUCAUAUUACAAAAGUCAUUCAUCAAUGAAAUACCAGCAUCUAUGUAGAUCAAUGUGAUCCCCAUUUAUUAUGUAUAAGGGGUGAGAUCAAAAGUUCCUUAUCUGACAAAAAACUAAAUUCACAUAGAAUUCACAUAGUUUUACCAUGAUAUUCCCACCCACCCACCCCACCCCUGUACCCGUACACAUAACCCCCGCCCCCUUAAAACUAAAUAUGAUGAAUGUUGAUAUUAAGCGAUUAACCAGUAAAAACAUACAAUUAUAAAUAAGUCUGUAUACCUUUUUUACUAUUUAUUCACAAAUGAGUGUACAUAAAUGUAAAAUUAUGUGGUUCUCAACAGUCUUUUUGUGUGUGUGUGUGUGUGUUUUCCCACUAAAGUGUAAUCGAUGUCAGAUGACAGAAACUUACGGGAGAUUUUAUCCCCCUCCUCCUAAUUAUUAUUAUACCCCCCACAAAUAUACCCCCCGCAACAAGUUGUGGGGGGGGGGGGGGUAUACUGGAAUCGGGUUGUCCGUCCGUCUGUAGACGCAAUGGUUUCCGGUCUCUAAAGCAUUAUCCUUUCCACCUACCGUCACCAUAUCAUAUAUAUGGACUACCCAUGGGAUGAAGAUGUUCCCUAUCGAUUUUGGGGUCAAAAGGUCAAAGGUCAAGCGCACUGGACAUCGAAGUAGCAAUAUGGUUUCCGGGCUCUAAAGCGUUAUCCUUUCCACUUACAGUCACCAUAUCAUACAUAUGGACUACCCAUGGGAUGAAGAUGUUCCCUAUCAAUUUUGGGGUCAAAGGUCAAGCGCACUGGACAUUGAAGUAGCAAUAUGGUUUCCGGGCUCUAAAGCGUUAUCCUUUCCACCUACAGUCACCAUAUCAUACAUAUGGACUACCCAUAGGAUGAAGAUGUUCCCUAUCGAUUUUGGGGUCAAAAGGUCAAAGGUCAUGCGCACUGGACAUCGAAGUAGCAAUAUGGUUCGGUUUGUCAUGCCAUUUGUUUUUUACACUCAGAAAAGAGGUAGUUUAUACCUAUUACCAACAUCCUUUGGGAGAUUGGGGUAAGUGGGGGGUUUUCUUAGUGAGCAUUGCUCACAGUACCUCUUGUUUGAAUUUAGAUUUUAAUUUGACAUUGAUCUUUUGAUCUCACCCCUAACUUUAUUCCAUUAUGUUUUCAGAAUUUGAUAUGCUUUAGCAGAUCAGACAAAUCACUUUUCGUUCUGAUUAAACUUUCUUAGAUGUUGAUUGCAAUAACAUACACAAUUUUAGAAUGUAUUUAAUUUCAAAUGUAAAAGUUGGUCUAUUUUUUGCAUCUUUAUUAUUUUUACUACAUUAGAGCUGUUUAAAAUCAUAUUGUACAAUAGCUUUGUAAAUGGCAUUGAUUGCAUUUUUAAUUUCUAUCAUAUAUUUUGUAAUUGUUAAUAUACAUGUGUGUGUAUGUCCACUUUAUAUGAGCUAUCAGUUUUUGUGCAUAUAUAAGAGGUGCUCAAUAUUUUAAUACUUAUAUUGUACAUAAUGUUCCCAUAUGUAAAUACAGUUAUUGUUGUGUUUUUUUUAAAAGAUAUAUAUAUAUGUAUAUGUGUGUAAAUAUUAAGAGUUGAACUUGUUGCAUUGCAUAUUUCAUAAGACACCAUCUCAGAGCAGGUUCAUAUAUAUCAUCUCAUGUAUUCAGACAGCUCUGGUCCUGAUCAGUAGGUACGCAUUUUUUUAGUAUGUGUGUGUGUGUGAGAGAGAGAGUGACAGUAUUGUGGAAAUUAUUUUUUUUAUUAUGUGUGUGAGAGAGAGAGAGUGACAGUAUUGUGGAAAUUGUUUUUUUUUUAGUAUGUGAGAGAGAGAGAGAGAGAGAGUGACAGUAUUGUGGAAAUUGUUGGUUUUUUUUACCCCUGCUUGUUCAGCUGUUUUUUUUCAGAAGUCUCUUCUUUUAGAUUCCAGUCCAGUGAGAGCUUUCAUCGUGUGGUUACAAAUUAAGGCACAUUCUACUAAUAAAUGUAAGAUUUAGGCAUUAAAUGUGUAUACCAGUGUGUAAUAUGAUACAGAUAUGGCAGAUCCUUGAUAUGUAUGAAAACUAUUACUCCCUUUGCAGUUGUUGUAAAUCACACCAUUCUCAGUAUCAAGAUUUAGCAGAUAAUGACACAGAAUUUCAAAAUAACUGAUUUGAAAUUGUAGAAAUAUGGCAAGAUAGGGUACCAUUGUUCUGUAAAUAUGUCCCAGUUAUAUGGAACAACUGGUGAUAUUAAAGAAGGAAAAACCAAUUGCAUUUCUUUUAAAGGAGGGGGGGGGGGGGUAGGGAAAUCAUGUAUGGAUAUUUUUGUUGUUUUUACCAAUGCAAUAUUAUAGGAUGUGUUUUUUUCUCUUAUUUUAGGUGCUAUGGAAUAUGUGUAAUUUAGUUUCAAAUUAUAAAGUUCCUUUGAUUUAACCAACGGCUCUCUCCACAGAAUGUUGCCCUUGUAUGUUGUGUGUAUCUUUGUGUUAGAUCUGAUGUUUUGUGUUGAUCUCAGGACUCCUUUGUAUUUAGCAUCUGAAAUCCUCAUAUCGCAGUGUCACUUAGGAAUUCAUGUUCACAUGAAUCAAUAAAAUUUUAAACAAAG